AUGCAAAAAGACGAAAUCGUAUCCCGAAUCAAACUCGCCUGCCGCGACAUCGAGACCCUUGAGAAACAAGAAAAUAACUACCUCGACUUACUCCAGCGGCCAUCCAACAACCGUACCGGAGAAACCGUCUUUAACGCCACCCUCGGCAUGCAACCACAGCGCCACGCCAUAUUUGCAGUCCGGGAACGAAUCUUCAAACACGCCCUCGAACAUCACAACUUGAUCGAGUCCCUCCGCGCAAUCGACGAAGGCCUGGCAAAGUCGAGUAACUUCAUUUUCGCGCACAUGAUGCUGAGGCGAAUGGAGCAGCUCCAGAGUGAAGUCAAUGAGUAUGAUGCUCAGCAAGGUGUGGCUGUUGAGGGGAACAAGGACCACGCCAAUAAGAACCGCGAGUUGAUCGCUAAGAUCAAACAUGUUUACGACGCUCCCGAGCCCCGCCCAAAGUCUCGAUUUUGGAGACGAAAGUAG